UAUUAAUCUAGAGAAGUUGUUCAGUCUUACCAUUUUUUCUUUCUUCUUUGCUGCCAUGUUGCUGCUUGCUUGAAACUAAAAAGGGAGGGAUAAAGGAUCUGUCUGGGACCAGUUAGAAGAUGCUGCCAUGGAAACCUUCUCUAUGAGUAAAGAACGCUCAACACUGUGGGACCAGAUGCAGUUCUGGGAAGAUGCUUUUCUGGAUGCUGUGAUGUUAGAGAGAGAAGGAAUGGGAAUGGACCAAGGGCCUCAAGAAAUGAUUGACAGGUAUUAUUCUCUGGGGGAACAUGACCGAAAGCGUUUAGAAGAUGAUGAAGACCGCUUAUUGGCUACACUGCUUCACAAUAUGAUAGCAUAUAUGCUUAUGAUGAAGGUGCCAUUUUCUAUAUAUUUUAGAGUAAUUUAGCACAUUUUCAUGAGAGUUCGGAUGCUUCCAUAAGGGUAUUGUGUAUACUCAUGUUUUAAAGACAUGUUUCAUGUUUGUAUUGCUCUUAAACAAAAAAGUUUUAAAAAAUCACCACUGACACAAAUAUAAUAAUAAUAAUAAAU